UCUGUCGGCCAGAGCAGGAAGAUUGUCGCUUUCUUCCUCUUUCUGCUCUUCUUCUCACUUCUUCCUUACAAGGACAGUAAUGUUUCCCAGAUGCUGAUUCAAUCAGUGUUUCCAUUUUGGUCCUUUUUUAUUAUUGUCGAAAUGACUCCUCCUCCUCCUCCUCCUCCUCCUCCCCCUCCUCCCCCUCCUCAGAGCGCCACGCUGCUCAUCUGGCGUAUUGAUGAAGGUUAAAAUCCUCCGUUUCAACCUCCAACAAGACCCUUAUGAUGCCACUGUAUUUUACAACGACGUCUGGGGGAAGCAUUUACUUCAGCCUCAGCUGUGACCAAGAAGAGAAGAUGAGGAUAUUGGAAUAAAUGUUUGGCUCAAAAUGGUCGUGUUAUUAAAAGGGCAAGUAAAUAGAUGUUGUUUUCUCAGGCUUCAAUUAAAAUCUGUAUUUAAAGGAAAAGUCUGACACAAGAUGAGGAGGGAAUAAAAAACAUUUAUUUCUUCAGAGGAAUUUAUGAUAAUUUAAUGAUUAAUGAUUAAUUACAAAAAAAAAGUUAAUAAUUUAAUGUAAUUUAAUGUAAUUAAAUUGAACAGUUUGCUCUCCAGACAACAGGGAACCUUUGUCAGUGCAGGAGUUCCUGCUCCACUGAUCCCACUGAUACACCAGACACGUGGCAGCCGGGAUGAGAACAACAACAACAAACAUGGAGGAAUCAUCCCUGAACAACAGCAAACAAAAGCAUCUGUUUGCUUCUGUUCAGGGAGGUUUAUCGCGAAAUAAUAUUUUGUUGUUUAAAUGUAUGUAUGGCGCCAUCAUUUCAUUCAGUAAUAUACCAAAUUCAUUCAAACUGAAAUGUGGCUUCUUGUGGCAAUUGAAUAUUAAUUGAAUAUUUACACAAACAGUUCAUGAAUUAAAGGUUUGCGUGAGGUAGCUGAGAUGUCUGGUCAGAUGUGAGUGAAAACAGAAUCCACUGUGUCUAUGUCUGUUUGGAGUCUUCCUGUCUGGAAAUUAGGGCAGUUGUCACCUUUGUCUCACGUCCCCAUGACGAGGGUAGAAUCCCACCGUGGUGGAGCCAUUAAGUCAGUGGGGCGAAGACAAGUGAGUCAGAAAUGAUGCAGAACAGGAGUCAGGUUUUGCAGCAGGAGCCUGCACUUGGCAGCGGAAGCUUCACUUGGUCUCACAUGAAACCACAAGUGCACGCGGGUGCAGCGGCGCCUGCAUCCGGCUGUGUUUCCAGGCCCCAUGUGAGCAGAGGCAUGGCAGAAGGCAGUGCAAAGGAACGCGCAUGGUUUUACCUCCGGACGAUGAGUUGACACUUCCAGAUAAGACGUGUCAUUUUGGAGCCUAGACACAAACACACACACGAGGAGUGGGUCGGCUGCUGGACGGCAUGAUGGCGGUGCUGCGGCGGAGGCUGAAGCUGAUCGUGACCGUGACCAUGGUCAACUUCUUCAUCUUCAUCAUCAUCUCCAGACACAAGGACAAAAGCUCCCAGCACAAGCUCAUCAAUCUCAACAACCCCUUCUGGGCCAAACUGGCCCCGAGCCCGGCCUACUGGAACCGGCAGCAGCAGAUCCUGGACUUCCAGAACAACCCGGUCCUGACGGCCAACUCCUCCGAGGCGCCCGAGUGGAUGAACCGCAGCAGCGCGGCCUCGGACCCCUGCCAGCCCGACCUCAGCGUCCUCACUCAGGUCAAGGACUACAGCACGCUCCCCGACCGCUUCAAGGACUUCCUGCUGUACAUGCGCUGCCGCUCCUACCCGCUGAGGGUGGACCAACCCGCCAUCUGCCGGGAGCCGCCCUUCCUGCUGCUGGCCGUCAAGUCCCUGGCGCCGCACUUUGACCGGCGCCAGGCCAUCCGCCAGUCGUGGGGCCGGGCCGGCGUGGUGGCCAAUCAGACGGUGGUCACCAUCUUCCUGCUGGGCAACGCCACGGCCACGGACCACCACCCGGACCUGUCGGAGAUGCUGCGCUACGAGAGCGACCAGCACAGCGACCUGAUCCAGUGGGACUACCGGGACUCCUUCUUCAACCUGACGCUCAAGGAGGUGCUUUUCCUGGACUGGAUCCAGAGCCGCUGCGCCGGCGCCCGCUUCAUCUUCAAAGGCGACGACGACGUCUUCGUCAACACCUACGCCAUCCUGGACUUCCUGAAGGCCCUGAAGGAGCCCAAAGCCAAGGACUUGUUUGUGGGCGACGUGAUCACCAACGCCGGGCCGCAUCGCGACAAGAAGGUCAAGUACUUCAUCCCGGAGAGCAUGUACGUGGGGGCGUACCCGCCCUACGCGGGCGGCGGCGGCUACCUUUUCUCCGGGGACAUCGCUGCCCGGCUCCACAACGUGUCCCGGCACGUCGUCCUCUACCCCAUCGACGACGUCUACACCGGCAUGUGCCUUCGCAAGCUGGGCCUCUCGCCCGAAAAACACAAGGGCUUCUGGACCUUCAACAUCAAGGAGAAGUACCGGUCCAACCCGUGCGUCUACAAAGGCCUGAUGCUGGUCCACCCCAGGACCCCACAGGAGAUGAUCCAGAUCUGGUCCUGGCUCAACAGCCCCACCCUCAACUGCCAGUGACAAAGACUGUAGCAGCGGCGGCAGCUGUGACUUAUAAAGUCUCAGGCCAAAACAUGGCCUCCCUGCUGAGGCGGCGGCGGUGGGGGGCGGGGCCUCACCCAAAGUGUCUGCGUGUUUGUGUGAGCACAUAUUUAUCUCCACUAUUUAUUCGGCCGAUGCUUUAACACUGUAGCGCCCUGAACGUGGGGCGUCCAGAUAUGCUGUAUUAAAACAAGAGACUCCAUGAGGUCGCGACAUUUCCGACUGAUGAACGCGCGCCGUCGCUGGAGGCCGUGCUGCUAUCCACCUCACACACCCCCUGAAUAGUAUUGCAACGCACUCGAGCCGCGCCGGCCUUCAGGAUGCGUGUGUUUUCAAAUCCAAAUGCUGUCUAACGUUGCUUCAGGGUCCGAGGCGGGAGAAGCUGCCCGUGCAUGCGUGUGUGCGUGCGAGUGUGUGUGCGUGUGUGUGUCAGUCAGUUCUUUCACUGUAAGUGCUUUUAAAAAGUGUGCGGCUCUCGUCCCCGGACACGAGUCCCCGCAGGACCGGCGAGGUUUCUCAUGCUUCUGCUAAACGCACACGUGAACCACAACAACCCACCAAGUUUGCCAAAGGAAGUCGCACAACUCGUCGGCCAUGUUACACUUGCGUUGAAAGCUUUUUGUCCAACUAUGAUCUAAUAAUAUUGAACCUGGCAACACUGGUGUUUGUGUAUUUGGCUUCGCUCUCCUCUACCGCUUGUCUUGCAGUAUUCACACUGGACCCAGUCCACACUGAACGUUGCCUUUGUGAGGACGCCCCUGCUGGUCAGGCACCUGCACCACCCACACUCCUACGAGCUGGUUAAGUUCCUUCCUCAUCCAGUACACGACAAUCAGGGCGAUAGGUCACCAGUUAGACACGAGUCUCCCCUCACUCACGAAAACUCUUUGUUGAAAUAUAAUUCCAGUUCAAGCCCCCAAAAUAUAUAUAUAUAUAUAUAUAUAUAUAUAUAUAUAUAUAUAUAUAUAUAUAUAUCCUCCGUUAUUUAUUUUCCUGAUUGUUGCGUUUUCGGGGGGCGGCGCUGACAUCUUUUGAAGUCAGUGAAAUAUCAGGUGUUUAUCAUCAAAGUGCCCUGAUGGUUGAGACAGUUUUAUAUUUAUACGACAAAGGUUCCGGGUCGGGGAACCGGGAGUGGACCAUGACGCUGUUCCCCCAGUGGCAGCUCGACCACCGUUUUACUGUGCGUCCUCCAGCCGCCGCAGAGACCAAACGUGUGCCUGACCUUUGUACUGUAUGCGCUGGUCCAGACUUGGCUCCAGACUUGGCUCCAGACUUGGGUCCAGACUUGGGUCCGGCCUUGUUCUUCAGCGCCGAUUGAUUGUUCCAAUAAAGUUGUAUUUUGCUGUUUUUUUUUUGUAUAAAUUGUUCUUCGCAUUCUUGUUGCAAUAAAUUCUGUGAAGUAAACUGAGCUUGUUUUCUGAAGCAUAAACACAGAUGUAUAGAUUUGUAGACGCUCAACUGAUGCUCCGGUUGUUCAAUCCGUUCCGUCGACGUGCGACACCUGUUUGACCAGCAGGGGGCAGCAGCUCAACACGCUCGGACUCUUCAGAACCAAUUCAACUGUCUUUUUUGUUCUAGUCUUUCAGGCUGGAAAUGGAAAAUAUUUGAAUUAUCUUGAGAUAACUUCCACCGUCGAUGACUUAGGAGUGUUGACAUUAAAUGAAUAGUUGACGCUAAGCGAUAAAAAUCCCUGUAUUCACCAGUUGAUGAGUCACGUGGUGACUACUUUUGACCAGCAGAGGGCAGCAACACACUUGUUUUGCAUGUCGCCGUGAUCUUCUUCAUUUUUAUUUUACGAUCAGUGACUCCUCGGUGACCGCGGCAGGAUGGGGCCUGGCAGAGUCAUGGACUUGAUUCUGCUUUUCCCUCAGUUUGGCUCUUUAUAUUCUGCGUAUAUUUUUCUGUGUAUAUGUAAUUUGAAAUGAAACGGAGCUGUGAGAAAAUGUCUGAAGAUUAUUUUGUGAUUAGUUUUUAUUAAUUUUUUUUUCCGGCUUUGUCAGGACACAUCAUUUAUAAAUGUUCCCAGAGACGUGCCUUGCUUUAGAUGUAUCCUUUCACUCAACCUUGAAAAUGAAUGUUAACAAGCACAAAAUUAAAAAAAAAAAAAAAAAAAAAAAACCUCUGACAUUUUGAAUGAAUAUAGUGAUGAAUAAAGACGUGUCUUUAAUUAAUUUAGUGGUUUCACUUUCGCAGAAACCCUUUUCCUCCACUGUAAAUGCAGGUGCAGGGCCCGCCUGUGGCCCCUGGGCGGCGCUACACUGAACCCAUCCGAGGACCCUGACAGCACACGCUGUGCCACACACCGCCAUCUCUCUGAAGGAGGAGGUCUGACUCAUGGCUGAGCGCUGACGUCUCUCGUUCGUGGAACAAACUGCUGCUGUGCCUCGGAAAACCCUGGAACCAUUCCCUGCCCGAACUCGGUCCAGUGUGGUUGGUCAGGUUGAGGGUGGGGAAAGGGUGAUGGCCAUGAGAGGUCCGCACACAAAUAGAGAUACAAACGUGUGUGUGUGUGUGUGUGUGUAACAUGGGUGUGCAGUCUACAAAUCGGCCCUUGUUCUGUGCCGUCAAAGUGGAGGACAGAAGUGGACCUGAAGGAGGCCCAGUUGGAUCAAGCGAAGAGCCAUGGACUUCAGUUCUUGUAACC